AUCGCAUUCUUUUCGAGAGGUUUUAGGUCGUUACUUUGCUUUGCUAAAGAUGUUUUUUUUCCUACUUCUUGUGUCUAUUCUAGGUUUACAAAAACAACAACUGGCGGACCAAAACAAAAGGCAGCAGCCAUACGAGAACCGCAAACGUCAACCCCAGUAGGAAAGCACCACAACAAAAUGGCAGACCCAGAGAUAUCUCUUAGUGAAGCUGGCAGUGACCAGGGGGACAAGUAUGAAGCAUAUAAGGCCCGAAAGCAGCUUUCUGCAAUUGAUUGGAACUUCCACCAAGGCAGAGAGAAAGCAGUCAAUGAUAAGGGAGAGCAGAUGGUAUCAAGAAAAUACAAUAGAGGCACUAAAGAGUGGAAUUUGAGAAUAAUCAAAGUAGGCAAGACUUAUGACUACAUCCCAAUGCUGAUGGCCAUGAUUCUCCGAAAACGAUUCACUGACAUUGAUGGAAUUACCCGGCAUGUUAGUUUAGCUGAGGAUGACCCUGCCUGAAUCCAACCAACCCUUGCAAUGGCCAAGCCUGUUAGCUCUCUUGAACUGUUUCAAGCACGCCAGUCGAGGUUCAGACCUCCUAGCACCGAAAAUGAGUGAUGGAAACCAGCUUAUACACCACUUAAGGUUAUUUGAUUUGAUAUUAUAUAUAUAUAUAUAUAUAUAUACAUAUAUUCCAUUUUUACAAGAGACAUAAUUUGUGAUAUAUAAAUAAACACUUUUGAACUGAAA